AUGGAACUCAAGGAUAUCGCAUUGUCGUCACGAAGCGCGUGCACGUCGGCACCGCUCGAGCCAUCGUAUGCGCUUCGCGCGCUCGGAGCUGCAGAAGACAUGGCGCAUUCGUCGCUGCGCUUCGGUAUGGGCCGGUUCACGACCGAGGUGGAGAUCGACUACGUGAUUGAGAAGAUUGUUGUGUUUGUGCAGCGGUUGCGGGACAUGAGCCCGCUGUGGGAGAUGGUCCAGGACGGCAUCGACCACAGUACGAUCGACUGGGCACAGCACUAA